AUGAGAAAUGUUCGAAUUGGGCUCGCUGGAAUGCUCAUUUCAGUUUGGGUGAUUAUCGCGGCUGUUUUCACAAGGGAUAGUUUGAAUUAUUGGAAGAUUUCCCAUACAUCGUAUCAGAUCGCCAUGUUCUCAAUACCUGCUUUUAUGGCUCUGUUUUCGUCAAAAUAUAAGAAGCACUUCCUUCAGAUUGAUUUUAAUAAAUUCUCUUAUCAUAAGAUGGUCCAAAUCGUUGUCGUCAUUGGUAUCAUUCAUGUGUCGUUUGCAGCUUAUUUCAUUCAAUCGAGUAUUGCCUACUUGCUUAUCCUCAUUCUCACGAUAGCCUCCUUCAUUUUCUCUGUGGAUCUGUAUACUUUAAUGACUGCAAAGUCAUACAGGUUUCGAGAACAUUAUCACUAUGAUAGGGAAAGUCAAGAGAUACUGUAUCAUGAAGAAAUCGUCUAG